AGGCAUUUGACCAGCAGUUAAAUUAUAGAUUCCCACUUAGGUGAAACUCGAUCUCUCCCCUCUUGUUACUCUCAUUGCUUUCACUGACGACCCCAACAUAAAGUUUCUCAGCAUGCUGUAGGAGUGUGUGCAAUGAGAUCAGCCACCACACCAACAUUACCGACAAGACCAUCUGAACAAGACCUCCAAAAUGCCUUAUCCAAUAAUGCGGUCACAGGACACAACCACCACAACUCACCAAGACCAGCACAGACCAGAACAAAACCAUCCACAGACACAUUUAAUUGUAGUUCUUUGCAUCAUCAUGGUCAUAAUCGAGAAAAUGCAGAUAAAUGUGAUGUUGCCGAGGGCCCCUGGAACCUGAACAACCCAGUGAAAGCCUCAAGGAGCCACCAGGAACUCCACAAAGAACUGUUACUGACACACAAACAAGGGCUGGUGGUGUGUUGUAAGCCAGAGCUUCAGAUGGUUUUGGAGAGGAGGAAGAGAGAACAGAUCCAUAGGGAGGAGGGAGAGCAGAGUAGGAGCCCUUUGGAACAAGUCCUCCUCAAACGCCAGCAGAAACAUCUGGAGAUGAUGGGUAUACAGCGUUACAUCAUCAUGGCAACGAAGUUGUAAAAUUGGAUUUACACAGUAACUUUUCACAGAAAAGAAAGAGAAGGAAGAGGAACAGAAGUUACAGGAGGAGGUUCAGCUCUUGGAGUUUGUGAGAGUGAGACAGAACCUGAGGAAAGUCCAUUCAGCUCUGCACAAGCACACUCACCCCUGAAUGUGAUCAGCCCAAAACACUGGCAUUAAUCUGACUAAAGGAGUACUUCAUCUAGCCAUGCAAAAUUCAUUUUGGAAUAAUGUACACAGUGUUUUUCAUUAUAUCUGCUAUUAAUCAUUUGGUUUUCCGUACAUGUUUGAGCAGUUGUAGCUCACAACAGCAUUACUGUUGAGAAAUACUUUAAAUUUUGCUUUAUUGUAGAAACCCCCUACAAAAGAACUGUGGUGGUAUCAUGGUACAGAGAUGGUAUCAGAUGGUCAUGCCAUUGUAAUUUUGAUAAAUAACAUGGCACUGAAUGAUGUAUCAUGUAUGCACAUGGUACCCCGAUAAGUACUUAUGCUAUAGAACAUGCCCCCCUCCAAAAAAAUCAAACAAAAACAGUAUUACCAUUGUAACAUUUCCAGACAGAAACAAUGGUAAGAGGAAAAUGGGUAAAGAGUAUUAUGCUGAUGUGCAAUCAUUGUCAGUGUUAUGACAUUUGUCAAAAUGGUAAAAGAAUUAGUUAAGUUAGCAGCAUUCUGAGAGAGUGCUCUGUCCUUCAGGUGUUGCUAUUCAAACUGUUUAAUGUACAAUGUUAGUUUAUUACAAUAACUACAAUCUGUCCCUGAAAGUGAAAACUAAGCUCCUUUUGUAAAUAGAUGUAAUCUGCUAAAUUAUUGAAAUGUAAAUUGAAGUCGUUUCAAUCAGGGGUGUCGAAUCAAGAGCACCAAUUAGUAGAAAUGCAAGUGCAAAUUAGUAGAAAAUCAGGAAGGAAGACCACACCCUAUAUAAACCUCAAUCAACUGGUCUGAUUUGGUCAAGUACAUUGAAGUACAUGCUAGCAUUAUGCCAUGAUAAAAAGAGACGCCUAAGCUCCUCAGAUGGAAGAAGUCUUAUGAGUCUUGAAUUUAAAGUAAUUUACCAGCCAUUCCACUAUAUGUAAAAUACUCUUCAAAUAUAGAAGGUUUCAGUCCACUGGCUAUCUGUCCAGGCCAGGUUGACUGACCAAAAUCACCCAAGAGCAGAGCACAAGAUGCUUAAGGAAGUCUUCGUGAACCCCAGGGUGUCAUCAAAGGAUCUACAGGCAUCUCUGGCAACAGUCACUGUUAAUGUGCACCAGUCAACCAUUAGGAGAUGCUACAAAUCCGGUUUACAUGGGAGGUCAUCAAGAAGGAGGCCUAACCUUAUUCCAAUCAAGGAUGUAACCACAUAUUCAGGAUUCAUAUUCACUAUUAUGAAUAUUGGGGGGACAUGUCCCCCUCAGUGUGUAUGGUAGCAACGGCCUUGAACCAAAUAGCAUUUGACAACCACAGUGUCACAAUACUUUGUUUUCGUUUUCAGCACUAUACAACCCUCUUUUAGUUAAAUGUUUUGCUUGAAAGGUAUGUUCAUGCUACUUUUCUUUAAAUGAAAAUAAAUAACACUUGCAUUGAUAGGCUAUUUUGUUAAAAUUUUUGUGUCCAAAUACUUUUUGGGGCAAUAGACUGAGACAGACAGAAAAAAAAGUCAAAUAAAUAAAAUGUAAUUAGCAUGUGCAAAAAUAUAUCAGGAACAAUAUCAAAAAUAUUUACAUUAAUAAACAU